UCUCAGAAUUAGAGAAGAAAUUCAGCUGGAAAGAGCUUAGUUAUUUUGAGUUGAAUCUGGAGACAUGGAGACAGCUGUGGAGGGUACUCGAGAUGUCUGAUAUUGUUCUCAUCAUUGUUGACAUACGUUACUGUGCACUCAUGUUUCCUCCAUCAGUUUACAACUAUGUGACAGAGAUGCUGCACAAGGAUAUGAUUUUGGUUUUGAAUAAAAUUGACUUAGCACCAGCUCCACUGGUUGUUGCGUGGAAGCAUUACUUCCAACAGAAGUACCCUGCCAUUCAUAUUCUCACCUUCACUUCAUUCCCUGCUUACAACCUGAGAGGCAACCAAGAGAACAAGGCUGGUUUGCAAAUUCGUCGUAGACGAGGGAAGCUUCGAAUGGCAGCUGAAGGAGCAAAGAUACUACUCGAGGCUUGCAAGUGUAUCGUCAAUAAUAAAGUUGAUUUGAGUUCAUGGCAUAAGAAAAUAUCUGAAGAAAUGGAACUGGAAUUUGAUGAUGAAGAUAUUGAAGUAGGUGAGACUGUUGAAAUGAAGAAAGUGGACACAGGAUAUUUUGAACAUGAAAAAUAUAAAGAUGGAACUUUAACAAUAGGCUGCAUUGGGCAGCCAAAUGUGGGGAAGUCUUCCCUUAUGAAUGCAAUUAUGGGAAAGAAGGUUGUGAGUGUUUCUAGGACCCCAGGGCAUACAAAACAUUUCCAGACCAUCUACCUAACUCCUAAUGUAAGGCUGUGUGACUGUCCAGGUCUUGUGUUUCCUUCCAAAGUCCCAAAGACAUUACAGAUUCUUAUGGGAAGUUUCCCAGUUGCACAACUGAGAGUACCCUUUUCUGCAGUUCAAUAUUUGGCUGAAAGACUAGACCAUUUGUUGAAGCUGCAACAUCCUGAACAUGACGAACAGUGGUCUGCCACGGAUAUCUGUGAUGGCUGGGCUUUGAAGCGUGGUUUCUAUACAGCUCGAGCAGCUCGUCUUGAUUCAUAUCGUGCUGCCAAUAGCCUGUUACGCAUGGCAUUAGAUGGAAAGAUCUGCUUAUGUCUCCAUCCUCCUGGCUAUUCUAGUAAAAAAGAUUACUGGGAGAAGCAUGCUGAUAUUCAACUUGUUCAAUGGAUCCAAGCCAAAACAAGCGAAGAAGCAGCAGGUGAUGAAGGUGGUGAUUUUACUCCAUCAGAAGGCGAGGAGGAAGAGAAUAGUAGAAAAGUACCAGAAGCAGAUGGUAAUGAAGCUUAUGAAAAAGAUAAACACGAGAGCAGUUCUGGACCUGAAGACAGUGGUUCAAAUUCUGGAUUUGAUGUUUGUAAUAAGUUUUCAGUGCUGGGUGCUGCAGAAUAAGCGUUAGAUAUGCUACAAAAGUAUUUUGUUAUCUGUAUUAUGCAAUGUACAUUUUGUUAUGUAAUUGAAAGCUGUUCAAGAAAUAAAUAACAAUUACUACAU